AUGACGUCGCCUGCGAAUCAGCAGAACCCGAUCCCGGCGCCAAACUCCUCCGCGACCACGGCAACUUCUUAUGCCUCCGCUGCAGGUGCGCCUAAGAAAGCUUCUCAGCCGCCCCUAGUCGCGACCGGUUCCCAACCUCCUGUCGUGGUUGGUUCUGCUUCUGCCUCUUCGGCGCAGAAUGCGAACACCUCCUCGCCAUCUCCUGUGAACGGCAAACCAGCCGUCGCCCCUGUUGUCCCUGCUGUUGCCCGAGGUAGCUCUACCAACGGCUCCGGCGCGGACCACUCGAGAAAAAGCUCUGUCACCAUGGCUGCCAACGGCCCCAAUACCUUUGCUGCCAAUGGUGGCGCCAAAUCUGGCAUUCAGUUUGGCUUCGAUUCGCCUGCCAUGGCUCACAGUACUCCCCAGACCGGCAGCGCUGCUCCUAUCCCAAUUCCUGGAGCCGGGAACCAGCGAGUGCCAUCUCCUGCCCACUCUCCCUCUCCGAUUCCUCAACCUUCUGCCAGCGGCGGUCGACCUCCUUCCGGGCUCGCAGCCAGUGGCCAGAUGACAUUUGGAAGUCUCAGUAGCGAUGGCGAGCGCCACAUGAGGCAAGGUUCUGUUCCCCCUAACCCAAACGCAAUGGCAUCACAACCUGGCGCCCAUUACCGACGCGAGUCGAGCCACUCUGUUCAGGGUGAAAACAGAGGAAAUUUCCCUCCCCAGGGUGGGCGCGGUCGAGGAUUCAACCCACACAACAACCAGUAUAACGGUCAAAUGGGAUAUCCGCCAAACAACCAGUUUAGAAACGGACCUGGUCAAGGUCGUGGCAUGCCUCCGUCAUUCCAGCCGCAACCACGAAACAUGCCGUAUCCCAACUCCCCGGGGCCGGCUCGAAGCCCUGCGCUCGUCCCAUCGAUGCCGAAUACUCCAAACAUGCCCCCUGCGACAAUGCAGCCAAAUAUGACCAUGGGCACACCGCCUCAAUACCACUAUCCGCCGCCUAUGGCACCUCAGCAUCAACAAGUACAGCCUCCCUUUUCUGACAUUUGUGAUAAGUUGCAUUUCAAGUCUUUUAAAAAGGGCAAAGCACGCCGAGACAACGCCAAGUCCCUGCAGUCAGGGCGUCAGUUGGAUUCUAUACGCGAGCUACGCGGGAGCGACCCUAGCCAGCCUCAACGUCGUUACUCUCAAAGGCCUGAGCAACAGUGGCGCGACCAUGAUGGCGGUAGCAGUCGACGUAUGGUGUCCAGUGGCGACGUUAGGUCGGCCGCGCCAUGCUCCUUUCAACAACAGCAUAACCCCCAUCACUUUCACCAUGCUGUUCCUCCUCACCCUCCUCACCCUCUCCCUCCUGCCCCUGCUCCUUUUCCCAAAUUUACACCCCAUGAAUUCUCUUCAGUUGACCUUUCUCCGGAGAGUGGCGGGUUUGAACUCUGGCUAACCAUGAAACAACAUCAGAACUUUGGCUACCCUCCUCCUCAGCAGAUGGAGCAAUAUCCUCGAGUGCCCAUGCCCUACGGCUAUAGCAAUGUCCCUCCGUACAUGCCUCCACCCCAAACUAACUCUGCAGGAUAUAACCAGCAGUUUGCCCCCCCUUAUGCUCACCAACAGAGCCACAGCAUGUCUCGGAGCCCGUCACAACCCGAGCGACCUUCCAGCGCUAACCAGCUGAGCCAACCGCUUGUUGUAGGCUCGUCACAGCCCCCGAACGCUCCAGGGAAAUCUGCACCCAACAACUUUGUCAAGCCCAGGAAGAGCGCGGCCAUUCAGAUCAAGAACGCAGCUGGUGAAGUGGUGGAUACGUCCACUUUCAAGCAGCCUUCCUCCCCUGCGCCCUCCGGCCAGCAGUCAAAGACCCCUCCAGUUGUUGCUUCCACCCCUACACCUCCUCCCAAGUCUUCUACUCCUGCCCAUGGUCGCUCUGAGAGCACCGCCGCGCCAAAGACGGCCAAGGAGAUUCAGGAUGAGCUGAAGGAGAAGAUUAAACAGGCUACACAGGGAGCGGUUUCUGCCGAAAGCAAGCCCAAGGAACAGACCUCUUCAAAGGACAAAGGCCCCACUGACGUUUCCGCUGAGAAGAACACUCCUGCUGCUACUGCCAAAACCGAAGCUCCCAAGGAAGCCGUCAAGGUUGAGGAGUCCAAUAAUGGUGGAGAGGAGAAGGAGUCGGCCGCACCCGCCACUGACAGCGCGGAACCCGAGGAGGACGAGAUGGAGCGCAUGAUUCGGGAAAUGGAAGAGGCUGAUGCCAAACGCGAGAAAGAGGAGGAGGAGCAUCGCAAGCGGGUUGAGGCCGAAAAGGCUGAACAGAAGAAGAAGGACGAAGAGAACCGCAAGACCAAUGCUGCUGAUGCAGACCGCAAACUGCGAGAGCAGGAACGCGAGAUGGAGAGACUGGAGGAAGAAAAGGAACGUCGACAAAAGGAUGCUGAAUCCUCCGGCAAGACGAUGUCCGUUGCAGAAGCCCUUGCCGCAGCUCGCACUGGCAAGGAAAGCGACGCUACCAACGUUGAUUCCGUCACCGACAAGCUAUCCGGCAUGAAGAUUGCCGAGGAAAAGACUGCUGGCGAUGCUUCAGGCCAGAAGCGCGGAGCCAAGCCUGCUGCUCUCAACCUCACUCCACUCAACACCAAGCCUGUCGACCCCCCUCAGCCCAGCGCAGCUCUUCAGUCUCUCAAGUCCGCUCGGUUCUUGCAGGUCAUGGACCAGGAUAUCUACCCGACUGGCAUCAGCUCCCCGAACCCUGCCGUGAACGCUGCCGUCGCCAAGAAGGGCAAGAGCUUCAAGUAUGACGCCGCUUUCUUGCUUCAGUUCCAAAAGGUCUUCACCGAGCAGCCAUCGCUCGAAUUCCACCAGCAGGUCAAGUCUCUCAUUGGAGAUGGUGACCGUUCAGCCCGCGCGCAGACGCCUAGGCAGCCAUCCAACCGCGGCGGUAAUACCUUCUCCAUGGGGACGUUUAACGCUCCUCCCGGCCGUACCCUGCCGCCAGGCACUUCCUCUGAGCAGCGCAUGGCCAUGUCCAGCGGCACUAUGCCUCGACCGCCUGUGGGAUCCAUUGGAUCUUUCCGUGGCCCUGGCGGUGCUUUCCCAGGAACCGCCAUGUCUCGUACCUCCUCUCAGUCCAGAGCCGGCGCCCCCAACUCGCCAAGCGGCCGCCAAUCUAGCCGCUCUACCCGUGGCAGCCGGCGUGAUUUCAAUGCCAAGGAGGCUCAGGCUGCUAAGACCAUGCCUCUAACCGCUGGUCAGGAGAUCAAACCAAUUGCCAUCACAUCCAACGGCUGGAAGCCAACCAGCGUUGGUAACAAGGGUGCUGCUGCUGCUGCUGGUGCUGCGCCCACAUCUGCUCCGGGUUAUCUGGACCCUGAAAUGGUACAGAGAAAGGUCAAGGCUGCUCUCAACAAGAUGACCCCAGAAAAGUUUGACAGAAUUGCCGACCAGAUUCUCACCAUUGCAGGACAGUCCAAGGACGAGUCUGACGGCCGUACACUCCGUCAAGUCAUCCAGCUUACCUUUGAGAAGGCCACUGAUGAGGCUCACUGGGCUUCCAUGUAUGCCAAGUUCUGCAAGCGCAUGCUUGAGAACAUGAGCCCCGACGUUCAUGAUGAGCGUAUCAAGGAUAAGAAUGGCAACGUUGUGAGUGGCGGCAAUCUGUUCAGAAAGUAUCUCCUCAACCGAUGCCAGGAAGACUUUGAGCGUGGCUGGACCUCCAAUUUACCUCAACCUAAGGAAGAAGAGGGUGCCGAGGACGGAUCCAAGAAGACUCUUGGCGACGCAGCCAUGCUGUCCGAUGAAUACUACCUAGCUGCCGCCGCCAAGCGACGUGGUCUUGGUCUCGUUCAGUUCAUCGGUGAGCUUUACAAGCUGGGUAUGUUGACUGAGCGUAUCAUGCACGAAUGUGUUCACAAGCUCGUUGACUACAAGGGUGUCCCUGACGAGGCGGAAAUUGAAUCGCUCAGCAAACUGUUGCGAACUAUCGGUGCCAACUUGGAUGCCACUGAGAAGGGCCGUCCUAUGAUGGAUGCCUAUUUCCAGCGAAUCCAGAGCAUGGCAGACCUCCCAGAGCUGCAGAGCAGAAUGAGGUUCAUGCUCAUGGAUGUCAUUGAUUUGCGAAGAGCCAACUGGGUCUCCAAGGAAGCCAACAAGGGACCCAAGACACUCGACGAAGUCCGCGCCGAGGCCGAAGCUCAAGCUGCCAAGGCUCAAGAAUCCUCCAGAACAAACACCCGUGGCGGCCCUGGUCGUCCUGCCAUUGGUCGUGGUGACGCCCGCAACUUCUCUGGCGGUUAUGCCCAGCAAACCAGCAACCAGGUCGGCAUGGACGACCUGCGACGUCUCAAGGGUUCUGCCAGCCGAACCUCGAGCCAAAAUGUUACCCUUGGCCCGACCUCUAUGUUCUCGUCUCGCAGCAACAGUGGUAGACGUCUUGGACCAGGAGGCUCACUGGGUCGCCCUGGCGAAGACUCUGGAGCCUCGUCCCGUACUGGGACUCCUCCGACCCGCGAUAGCACUUCAAACACGAAUACAUUUAGCCUUCUCGCAAACAUGGUGGAUGCUGAACAUCCCGCCUCACCUCCAUCCGCAGGACCCUCUCCCGCUUUGGCCAAGGCUGUCCUCGACAGCGAUAAGAAGGAGAGCGAGUAA